GCCACGCGGGGUCAGCGCGGGGUCAGCGUGGGGUCAGAGGGCCAGGCGCGCUGCGGUUCCGCCGGCUCUUCGGCUCCCCGGCUCCGCGGCCCGGCCGGGCGGGCGCAAGGCAGGAUGUACACGCUGCUGUCAGGCCUGUACAAGUACAUGUUCCAGAAGGAUGAGUACUGCAUUCUGAUCUUGGGUCUGGACAACGCCGGGAAGACGACCUUCUUGGAGCAGUCAAAGACCCGGUUCAACAAGAACUACAAGGGGAUGAGUCUGUCCAAAAUCACUACCACUGUGGGCCUAAACAUCGGCACUGUGGACUUUGGAAAGGCCCGCCUCAUGUUCUGGGACUUAGGGGGGCAGGAGGAGCUGCAGUCUCUGUGGGACAAGUACUACGCGGAGUGCCACGGCGUCAUCUACGUCAUCGACUCCACAGAUGAGGAGCGGCUGUCCGAGUCCAAGCGAGCAUUCGAGAAGAUGGUCACAAGCGAGGCGCUGGACGGUGUCCCCAUCCUGGUGCUGGCCAACAAGCAGGACAUUGAGACUUGCCUCUCCAUCCCCGACAUCAAGACUGUGUUCAGCGACUGCGCCUCCAAGAUCGGCAGGCGCGACUGCCUGACCCAGGCCUGCUCGGCCCUCACGGGUAAGGGGGUGCGCGAGGGCAUCGAGUGGAUGGUGAAGUGCGUCGUGCGGAACGUGCACCGGCCGCCGCGGCAGCGGGACAUCACAUAGGCGCAGCCGGCCCAGGGCGCCUGCCGCUUGUCCUGAAGAGCUCCUGCUGAUUCCGCUGCUGAUCCCCCCGGGGGCUGGGUUGGCUUUGCCUUGUGGUGGUUCUACUUGCUUUGUUUUUCUUCUAAGACAAACUUUUCUUUGUAUCCAGAAAAGCGUAGGCAUCCGGAGGCUUCUUCUGCCGAGGGGAGCUGGGGUGGCAGGGACCCCACCAGACCCUCACAUCGGGCCUGGGCCCCGCCCCCAAGGCCCAGUUUUGGGGUCCCGGGGUGAGGCCUUGGCAGGCCACCACUCCCUUUGGAGCUGCUGCUCCAGCAGGCCUGCCGGCCUGGACCCUCGUGGGGCCUUGUGGGGCAGCUGCUUGGAACUGGGUUUUUCCAGAGGUGUGGGGCCUUUCACAGUGCCCAGGGCUACAUCGUGCCCACGGAGGGGGCCGGGGGGCCAUGGCUGUCCUCAGCCUCUGUCCCCUCUGAUCCUGGAGGCGGACUGGGGGGCUGGUGUCAGCUUCAGGAAGACCUGGGCUUGCCUCCGUCCCUGUCCUGAUGCAGCCUCAGGACAGGGCAGGGGAGACCUGCCUGGGAGGCUGUGUGCCCCCUCCACUGGCCCAGCCACCUUGUUUUGAUCCCCAGCAAGGACGGUAAAGCUAGGCGGUUGUGCUGGGAGUGGGCAUCACCCCACCCCCCACCCCCCGCAAGCCUGCCUGCCACCCACCUAGGAUGACCACAGUUACCACUUCUGGGGUGGGCUGGUGGUGUGCUGGGCCUGCGCUUCCAGCUGGCGGUGAAGGGCGGGGUCCCCCUCAGGGCUGGGGUGAGCCAUCUAGAAAGCCCUUUCCAGGCCUGUGUCCAGGAGCAGAGGCCCUCCAGGCAAGACUGGUCCUCAGGACCCUCCCACACGGCCCCUGCAGGAGCUGCCAACCCCCCAUGAGCCUAGCUGUGGGUGAAAUAAAGACAGUUGGAGUGGCUCGUGUCCACUGUUCCUCCAGAGGCCUGGUGGCUUCGUGUCUGAGGGUCACAGUCCCAGCUGCUCUCCCCGAUGGGGCCCAGGAGGAGAUGCUGGGAAAGGGAUGAGUCAGGGCUGGGGCUGGGGACCAGCUGCAGGUGAUGUGAGUCAUGGGGGAGUGGGGGGCUGUGACUCUGCCUCCCCUGGGGCCCUUCCUGGGGGUCAGGCAGGGGGUUCCGGGGCUGGCAGGGGGCUGCCAGGCCAGGACUGGGAGUUCCCCUGGACUGGUGAGUCAAGCCGUCAUCCAAACCUGCCCCAGAAGGGAAAACCGACAUUUCCCAGAAAGCGAGUGAGACACGCUGUCCUACCGGGAGGUCUUGGCCGGUCCCUUGCUGGGAAAUCCCCUGCUGCUUUGAGGGUGGAGCCCAAAGGAGGGGUAACGAGGGGGACACUUCUCCUGGUGCCCCAGGACACACGGGCUGGCGUGUUGACCACUCCGGGCUGGCUUCUGUUCCACGGUGAGAGCCCAGGGACUGGGCAACCCUCCCUCCACACCAUCCUAACCACUGAGAGCACAACUGGGGUGGGGAGGAUCACGCAGUGAGGCCUGGGGACGGCUGCCACCCGCUGUCCCCGUCUCCCACAACCCUUCCCCCAUCGAGGGUCCGUCCCAGUCGGGGUGGGGAGGGGGGGAAGGCAGCAGGCCG